AGACAGCUGAUUGCGAAGAGCAGACGAGAGAAAGACUUCACCAGCCGGGAAACUAUCAUACCGUUCUACCCUUUGUUCCAGAAAGUGCUGCCUCAGUUUGAAUCUCACCGCCGCAGAGAUCCAACUCAACAACGCAAGAGCACGCUAACUUCUUUCUGGCAGAACAAUGAUGGCUACUACUUCGCUAGCUCUUUUGCUGCUGGUCUUGGGCCACUCACUAGCUCAGAGCAGCCUGAAAAGGAACCAAGGGGCAGCCAAACCGCCCAAGCAAGUGCAAUGCUGCGACGAGGUCCGUUCCCUGAAGGUCCAGGUGGCCAAUCUGAGCAGCAUGUUGGAGCAGAUGAACAAGAACCAGGAGUCGGAUGUGAUGAAGGUCGUGCGGCAGAUGAUGGAGUUGGAAAAGCUGAACCAGCGGCAGGAGGCCCGCGUCACAGAGGCUGAGAGCAAGUACUCCGAAAUCUAUAAUCGGAUCGAGAUCAUGCAGCUGCAGGCUGCCCAGUCCGCCCCACAGCAGAGCACCUCAGAUGCAAUCUAUGACUGCGCAUCUCUAUACAAUAAAAACUACAAAAUCUCUGGAGAGUACAAACUACCAAAAGAUGACUUUCUGGGGACGCCCGAAUUAAGCAUAUUUUGUGACAUGGAAAACAAUGGCGGUGGCUGGACAGUCAUUCAAAGACGCAAGAUCGGUCUGACCAGCUUCAACCGAGACUGGAAGCAGUACAAGAACGGCUUCGGUGCGAUCCGCGGCGACUUCUGGCUCGGCAACGAACACAUCUUUCGUAUGACCAGACAGCCCACGGUGCUGAGAAUAGACAUGGAGGAUUGGGAGGGUCAGACCCGUUACGCAGAGUACAACUUCUUCACAUUGAGCAACGAGAUGAACAGCUACAGGCUCUUAAUCGCCAACUUUACCGGGACAGCCGGCGACUCGCUGCGCUACCACAACAACACCAACUUCAGCACCAAGAACAAAGACAACGACAAGUGCGUGGACAACUGCGCCCAACUCCGCCAAGGUGGAUACUGGUACAACUGUUGCACUGACUCUAAUCUGAACGGCGUGUUUCACCGAUAUGGCUCACAUGCCAAAAACACUGACGGUAUCUCUUGGUACGCAUGGCACGGACCGAACUACUCGCUGAAACGGGUGGAGAUGAAGAUCCGGCCCCAGAACUUUGUACCUUAAAGACUUUCUGAAUUCAAACUUUUACGCCUUCUCCUCACCACUAAAUCUUGGCAUCAAUGGAUCAACAUAAUCUGCAGCUUGAACUGGGCAAACAUUUCAGGGGAAUGCAUUUGUAGAACAGUAUUUUAGUACUGAAUAUGUGACGAUGCUUGAUUGUAAAUUGCAUUUUAUAUAUGGUAUUUAUCUCUUAAAUAUUUUAUUUUCUUUAGCCUUUUCUAGAAGAUUUUUAUGCACCAGAGGGGGAAUCAAGACUCUUGUCUUUGAAAAAUUCACAUCAAAUGUUUGGCUUUGAAAACGAUUUGACAGUUCAGACACAUUGUGGAGAAUUAACUGAUAAAUUAAAAAAGGAUUGUGUUAAGAUGUUGGGUGAUUAAUAAAGUAUUUUUAAAAAAUC